CCCUCAGCUCUCCUUGCUCUUUUACCUCCUCAUCUAUCGACAGGGCCUGCUCUCGAAAGGCAUUCCUGCGUCGUCUUGCACUUGCAUUUGCAUUUGCAUCCUCUUCUCAUUUCUGUCGUUCAACCUUCAUUUCCAGCUAGAAAGACGCGUCAUCAAUCAUGGCAAUUCAUCCUGCAGCCUCCGCGCCCCACAGCCAGGCUCCAGCUACAGCUCAAGCUCCCAUCGACAUUGAAGCUUGGACUGAGCAGGCGACGGCCGCGCUCAGCUCUGUCACCAUCUCCGCGACCCACUCCGUCCCAGGGACGAGCGUCAGCCUCCAGAUCCCGCUGGAUGACCACCCCGUCUCCCACGAUGCCUCCGCUGCUGAAGCUGUGCGUGCCGGCUACGUCAAGCGGCGCGCGCCGAUACGACGUGAUAGCAUGAAGAGCAGGGAAGCGUUGUUGAAGGGCAAGGAGGGCAGCCGGCGGCGUCAGCGAUGGGAGAAUGACCGUCUCCUCUCCAAUCCGCACGCGGUGCCCCCUCAACCGCACGACUGGGAGAUCCGCCCUACGUACCCCGUUCGUACCGUUCCCUACUAUCUUGCGCCGCUCUGGGAUACCACCUUUGCGGCCGCCUCUUCUACGCGCAAAGCGAAGGCCUCCGCCGCGAAGCAGACGCCCAAGGGCGCUGAUAAUGCAGGCAAGGUUCCCAAGGAGCUACGCGAGAAGCUGAAGCGCGCGCGUGGCGCCAAAAGCUUGCUGGAGAACUUGGAAACGGAGGUUCGUCGGUUUGUUGCGGGGUGGGAAGAUCGCGAGAAGACGCGUUUGGAGCGCGAGGCGAAGGAGGGGAUUCCGCUGGAGCCGGACUCUGAAGACGAGGAGAUUGUGUUCGUGGGCCGCAAUGGGAUGAUGAAUGAUAUGCGCAGUCCUAGAACUAGCGGGGAAUUCGAACGGCGCGAAAUGCUGCUCUUCGAAAGUCCCGCUGACGAUCAUGGGGCUAGCUUUGGACGCUUCCUCGUCCAUCAUAUCGGCUCCUACUAUGGCCUCCGCACGUGGUCCGUCACCACUGGAAAUCCUGCUCGCCGCGAAGCAUAUAUUGGUCUCAAAGACGGGAAGCUUAAAUCUGGCCAGAAACUCUCGACCCACUCUGCAUUGCCACGGCCAUUGUACGGCCUGGUUUGAGCACUUUCGGGCUGGAGCGCACCCACUGGAUACUAGACCCCGUGUUUUACUAGGCAACAUUGUAAUUGAUUUUGUGAGUUCUGCGUUUGAAGCCGCAGGUGGGGGGGCUCAUUCUUCUUUCUCCUUCGACUCUGUGUCAAUUUUAAAUUUUCAAACAUUUCUGGCGGCAUUAGAGAUGCAUCUUGGAUUCUGAUAGAUAGCAUACUUAGCAACAGGCAAGAG